GAAAAUCUGCAAAUUCUACAGCUUUCACACAACAACAUCUCUCGCAUCAGUGGUUUAGGACCCCUGAAAAUGCUUCUGCAAUUAUCAGUGGACCAUAACCAGCUGCUCAGCACGAGAGGUUUGAAUGAAAUUUAUACCCUUCUCCAUCUGGACUGUUCAUACAACCACCUAAGCCACGUUGAGGGUUUGGAGAAUUGUGCUCUGCUUACACUGGACCUCAGAGGAAACAGUCUGACUGAGCUGCCUGUCCUGCAGAACCAUGUUCUUCUGAGGGACCUUUACCUGGAUGACAAUCUUAUAUCUUCUGUUUCAGAUCUGGAGUCCUAUUGGUUGCCUUUGCUCCAAAACCUUUCUGUGGCUCAUAACAGUGUAACUGAUUUAAUUCCACUCUUGGAUUUGGUGUCUCUGAGGACGUUGGAUGCCAGUCACAACUGUCUGUUAGAUUUGCAGAACGUUUGUCUGAAUCUUCAAAAAUGCACCAGUCUUCAAGAACUUAACCUGACUGGUAACCCACUACAGCAGGAAAGCAACUGGAGGUCCUUGCUUUUGGAGACAGUGCCUGGCUUGAUUAAGUUGAAUAAUGAGCAGACUGUUGCUGCCGCAGCGCCCUGUGAAUGUCCAGAACAGCAGUGGAGUUUCCAGGCCCUCUGUCAAGCACAGCAAAAGCAGCGGGAUUCACUUCUCCAGCACCAAAAGAUGGAGAUCAGUUCUGCGCCGCCACAACCUGACGUCCAGAUUCUUGCCAUCGGUCACCAGACAGACCUGUUCAGAUUGGCGGUGGACCAGCGUUACGCCCAUGAAUACGGCGACAGCUGUGUCACAGAAGAUUCUACACUUUUGGCAGCUGCUAACAGUGGUUCAUGUGGUUAUUCUGAAGCAUCUUUAUCACCGGGACAAAGUCUAGACUGGCAGAGACACAAUCCACAAAAGACUCAACUUUCACCGUCUGAGCCUGAGCUACCAUCUGCUCACUGCAUGCAGACACAAAGUGAGAAGGAACCUGUUCAGGCGCCGAACCUUAAAAUAGCGGCAGCUGUGGCGAUCCAGCGAUGCUGGCGGAUGAGACGUGAGGGCCUCCGAGGCUUAAUUGAAAAAACUAACACAAAAUCAAAUCUCAAUAAGGGGGAAGAUUCCUGCAUUGGGAGGCCUGAGAAGCAACAUGCUGCUGUUGUUAUUCAGGCUGCGUGGAGGGGCUGCGUUCUGCGCAAAAAUCUGGCCCGUGCUCUAGCUGCCGCUCAGAUCACAGAAAGCGAUGAGGACUUAGAAGAGGUGGACAUGGACGAAUUCAUUUUUGAUGAGAAAGCACUGGAGAAAGACUGGAGAACCCUGCAUUCCGAUGCCUUACCGGACAGAAUUAUGCCAUUUUUGGAACAGCUGCCGUUGCCAAAGUCUCCUCUCGGUCUUCCAGUGCCUCCAAAGACCCUGUCUGUUUUCCCACUGCAGCCGAAACAUGCCUGGUCAGAUCAUGAAGGUGCAGCCAGCUUGGAGCAAAGCACGUCUCCUCACCUUAGUAGCAGAUCAAUCCUCAAAGCCCACACCCUGUCUGAGAAAUCAGAAAAAAUCCUCAAAGAAUGGGGAUUUACUAAUGAGUCCACUGCCCUUCUCAUGCUGAAGAGAGCCAAUAAAAUGAAGGGCAGGAAACAGCCGCAGAAGAGGAUCAGCAGCUUAAUUGACCCAAAUCCACGUGUACACCACAGUAAGCAGUAUGUUUCAAGAGAAACUCGAAGGCAAACACGUCCUACAAUCAAGGACAACUUUAAAGUUCACCAAGCAGCAGAAGUUCACAAAUUAGCAAAAGCAGAGGAAAAACAAUCUUACCAGUGGCUCCAAACACAAGCAGUCCAUCCCGACACAGACUCCACAGGCACGGGACGGGAUCAUUUCCUCCCUGAUAUUGACCAGGAUAUUCUUAAUGGUGGGAGGGUGCAGCUUGUGGCCACAGGGGACAGAGAUGGUGUAGAUUCUGGAGCAAGAUUUUGGGCUGACUCCACUAGUGUCUCUCCGCCUCUUAAUAAGCAUAUUCCACCUCGAAGAUACUCAGCUGAGAACACAAAAACAGAAAUGCCAUCACCCACCAGAGUCAAUUCAGCUCCGAACCGAAAUGAACGCAUCUCAUUCCGGGACAACCCAGUGCGACACAGCGGUGGCUGGGGUGGAGGAAAAAAGAGAACCAAAUUGAACAAAUGAAUUAGAAGCAAUGGAUGAGAUAUAGCCCAAAUAUCUGCAGGCGGUCACAGGAUACGUAUUGCUUUAAAGUAUCACUCCAUUUAACAUGAGCACUGCAAGCCAUGGACUGGGUGGAAACCAUUUACAAAUGACAUGCUUAAUGUGCAGACAACGACAGGCAAUAGAAACCAGCUCGUUCCUGUUUUAAUUUACUUUAGGUUUUUUUUUUCUUUCUUUAUACUGGGAAUUUGU